CAGAUCAGUGGCUACAUAAAAAUCAACAAUGGCUGCCAAAUCAGAUAUAUUUCACGAAGGUACAUUCCUGCAAGGUUUAUGCAUGGAAAUGUGCCCAAUGCGUGAGCUGAAUUUGCGAAAAAAGCAGAACAGGCUACAUCCUUUUGAAAAGACAGUCGAAAACAGUAGUCCUAAGAACAAAUUAAAUGAAGCGAUGAAUAUUGCUGUAAAAGAGUUCACAAGGCCUGCAGCUGGUAAGGAACUCAAUCCAAAAGAUAUUCGUCCGGCACCUGUCUUGUUAAAAACGAUCAAUUACCUUUUGACUGUUAUUAUGAAGAAACCGUCCGCAUUGUAUUAUAAAUGUGAAUUCAUCUCGGACAGAAUACGGUCGGUUAGGCAAGAUUUGACCGCUCAAAACUUACAGAAUUCGGAAGCCAUUAAAAUCCUAGAGAAAGCUACAAGAUAUUACUUGAUUAUGGCGGUUCGCCUGAGUCAGGAGCCUCUCGAAAGAUAUGAUCCUGUUUUACAUAACACUCAGCUUAGAGAAUGCUUAAAGAAGCUGUUACGUUUAUAUUAUAUUCAGAAUACACCUUGUAAAAAUUGGACUACUUUUUUGGCAUGUGACAUGAUUCUCAACUUAUGUACCGGAUCAUAUUAUUUAUUUCAUGAGUAUCAUAAAACAGAAGUUCAUGCAACGAAGCACAAUGGUAUGAACCUGGCAUUUGAUAUGAUUAAGAUGCAUGCCAUUGGUAAUUUUGUUGGAAUAUUUCGGAUAGCCAACACAUUACCUUUCUUGGAAAGUUGUGCAUUUUUUAACAGUAUUGAAAGACUACGGUCUCAAGGAUUACGGGUGAUGAACACUGCUUUUAGUAGCAAAAACUUGCGAUUCCCAUUACAGUUGUUGAUGGAGAUUUUCUGUUUUGAUUCUAUUGAAGCUACUGCUGAAUUUUGUACAUGUCACAAUAUCUUGACUCAAGAUGGAAAUGUAUUCUUCAAAAGAGGGCAAUUUAUGGAGCCAAGCCAACAUAAAGUAUACACAUGCCAUAAACUUAUUGGAUCAAAAACAACACAAAGUGAUGUUGACUUAAUGAUUGAUGAGUAAUUGUAGUGAUAGACAAAAAACAAAAAUGGAAUAACAGCUGAUGAUUAUUUUUUAGUUUUAUUAGUUUGCAUGUGAAAAAAAAACUUGCAUCUUAUAUGAGGAGAGUUAGAAAACAAAAAUUAUCGUGAUAUUAUGUUUAUACCUAGGUUUCAUUCAAUUAAAUUGUUCAAUGCAUUAA